CAAUAUAAGUUCUUGAUGACCUCUCUCGUCUUGUUCUUCAUGCUUUCCAACUUUCCAUGAAAAAUGGUGAGCGAAAGCAUGGAGGAAGAACUAUUGCCAAGGUCUACAAUUGUGCUCGAAGCCAAUCCCCUUAGAUAUGUGGGAGACACGGGCUCAGCCACGUCUGUCCUUGUACUCAGCACCAUGGUCGCCCUCUGCGGUUCACUGUGCUCAGGCUGCGCUACAGGAUAUACAUCAUCUGCUGAAUCCGGAAUCAUGGAAGAUUUGGGCCUGUCUGUGGCUGCUUAUUCAUUUUUUGGUUCUGCUCUGACUAUUGGAGGAGUUAUAGGUGGAUUAUUAAAUGGGAAGAUAACAGAUGUUAUUGGUCGGAGAGGUGCGAUGUGGUUCUCUGAAAUAUUCAGCCUUGCAGGUUGGCUUGCUGUAGCAUUUGCAAAGAAUGCUUGGUGGUUGGAUCUCGGAAGAAUCUCCCUUGGUAUUGGCGUUGGCGUUAUUUGCUAUGUGGUCCCUGUAUACAUUGCAGAAAUAACACCUAGGAAUCUUAGGGGACAAUUUACAUCAGCUUAUCAGCUGUUGGUCUGUUGCGGCAUGUCACUUAUGUAUUUCAUUGGAAAUAUCAUUACCUGGCGCAACUUGGCUUUAAUUGGUGCUAUUCCAUGUUUAGUACAACUUGUGGGAUUAUUUUUUGUUCCAGAGUCUCCAAGAUGGUUGGCAAAAAUUGGUAAAGAAGCAGAACUUGAAGCUGCUCUACAGCGUCUUAGGGGGAAGAAUGCUGAUAUCUCACAAGAAGCAGCUGAUAUCAGGGAUUUUACAGAAACCAUUCAAAAGCAUUCAGAAACUAGAAUUCUGGACUUGUUCCAACAGAGAUAUGUUCAUUCCCUCAUUGUUGGACUUGGGUUGAUGAUACUGCAACAAUUGGGAGGGUGCAAUGCAAUUGCUUUUUAUGCAGGCUCCAUAUUUUUAGACGCUGGUUUUUCAAGUAGCAUUGGGACUAUAUCAAUGGCCAUCAUCCAGAUUCCGUCUGCUGCUGUGGGUGUUAUGUUGGCAGAUAGAUCAGGCAGACGACCACUUCUUUUGGUCUCUGCUGCUGGAAUGUGCUUGAGUUGCUUCCUUGUAGGCUUGUCAUUCUGCUUUCAGGACAUCUACCAGUUGAAAGAGCUCACUCCUGUGUUGGUGCUAAUUGGGAUAUUGGGGUUCAGUGUGGCUUACACAUUAGGUAUGGCAGGAUUACCAUGGGUUAUAAUGUCAGAGAUAUUCCCUAUAAACGUGAAGGGUACAAGUGGAAGCCUUUUGACUUUUGUAAACUGGUCUUGCUCUUGGAUUGUCUCAUACACUUUCAAUUUUAUGAUGGAAUGGAGUACAGCAGGAACGUUUUUCAUAUUCUCCGGCAUUUCUGGUUUCACUGUUCUAUUCGUCGCAAAACUUGUACCGGAGACCAAGGGGCGAGCUCUGGAAGAAAUACAAGCAACAAUGGCACAUUUUCUGUAAUAAGAAGUGUUUCUUUCCAAUAGAUGUGGAGGAAAGAAAAUGAUGUUCAAGACACAGGGAGGAAAGGGGUUAUUGUUUGCGGUGGCGUAUGGCGGAGGGAGGGACAGAGGGCGGUAGCGUAUGGCGGAGAAGUGGCUUUCGAUGGUCUUGAACAAUGAAUAUGGAUUAAGGAUUUUGACUAUAGGUUGAAAAUAAGUGAGAAAAAUAUGAUGUUUUUCAGUUUAUAAUGUUUUGUGUUCCACGUUGAUGUGUCAUUUUUUUAUUGGACGGCAUAAAGGACAUGGUAUGUAUAAAGUCUUAUAGAAGUUAUUUUCUUUAUAAUUA